AUGUCUCGUUUCCCAAAGCCCCACAAGUUGGCCGUGCCAGUCAAGCCUCCUAACGGACAUUUUUUCUUCGCCGGGCAUACGAUCGAACGUGUGAAAUGGUGGACUUCAGGUCCCAUGAGAAAGUUGUACUUCCUCCUGGUUGUUAUGAUAAUGUUAGUAACAUAUGGGUGUUAUGAUAUGAUUCCAGACACCACUAACACCACCUCAAGGACCAAUACGGCAAACGGCUUUGACGGAUCAAUGAUGAAUGGUCUUCAAAGUUUGUCUUACUGGCAAGAAUAUUUCAACUACCCAUCGGGUUCCAUCCUCGGCUUGUUCAACGCUUCCAUGAGUCUUGGCUCCUUGAUCGGACUCUUCUUUGUACCUUACAUCAUUGAUCUCUUCGGUCGUCGAUCAGGAAUCCUCAUUGGGUCUCUUAUCAUGUGUCUGGGUGUCGGUCUCCAGACGGGUGCCGCCAAUUUUGGUAUGUUUGUUGCAGCCAGACUCCUUAUCGGAUUCGGUGACUGUAUUGUGCUUGGAUCUGCACCUCUUCUCAUCACUGAGCUUGCACCUCCUCAAGAUCGUGCCGUCUUGGUCACUUUGUCUGGUGCAUCAUAUCAUUCUGGAGCUUUCAUCGCAAGUUGGGUCACAUACGCUACUCUCAAGAUUCCCAGCGAUUGGGCAUGGCGCUUGCCUUCUCUGCUCCAGUGCACGUUCUCCGUCAUCAUCUCUAUCGCUGUCUUCUUCACUCCUGAAUCUCCUCGCUGGUUGAUCAGCAAGGAUCGCUCCGAUGAAGCAUUGGCUAUUAUUGCCAAGUACCACUCCAUGUCCGGCGAUCCCGAAGACAAGCUUGUGCAGCUUGAGUACAAUGAAAUUGUUGCUGCUAUCAAGAUGGAUCAAGAGGCCAACCGCACUGGCUGGCUCGAUCUUGUUAAGACCCCUGGAAACAGAAAGCGCAUGGGUAUCAUCACAGCCAUCGGUUUCUUCUCACAGUGGUAA